GGGAUGGGAUAUCCUAAAACCCUAAUUCAUUGAGUUUAAACGUCUUAAAACCCUAAACAAACACAAAACCCUCAUCUUUCUCCCCAUAAUCAAUCACCCCAAUUUUCUCUAUAAUGGUGGCAGACAAGGGUAAGAAGCCCAAGCUCGGAGACAAAAUCGAAGAGGGUGCUGACCCAAUUGACGCUGACAUUCUUAAAUCCAUCGAAAAGUUGCAGGAGGUUCAAGAUGAACUCGAAAAGAUCAAUGAGGAGGCAAGUGAUAAAGUAUUGGAAGUCGAGCAGAAAUAUAACAAGGUGCGGAAGCCUGUGUACGAUAAGCGGAGUGAUAUCAUUAAGUCGAUUCCUAACUUUUGGUUAACCGCUUUUUUGCUUCACCCUGCUCUUUCUGAUCUUUUGAACGAAGAAGACCGAAAGAUAUUCAAGCAUCUGACGUCUCUUGAAGUUGAAGAAAUGAAAGAUGUGAAGUCGGGUUACUCUAUUACGUUUAACUUCAGUUCCAACCCGUACUUUGAGGAUACGAAGCUCACGAAAACUAUCACGUUUCUUGAUGAGGUAUCUACAAAAGUUACCGCUACACCGAUCAAGUGGAAAGAGGGCAUGGGACUCUCAAAUGGAGUUUCACAUGAAAAGAAUGGAAAGAAAAGGCCUCAUGAGGAUGACAGCUUCUUCAGCUGGUUCAGUGGGACAUACCAGAAAGGCGAUAUGAUGAUGGAUGCAAUUCACGGCGAAUUUGCGGAGAUGAUUAAAGAGAAUCUAUGGGUCAAUCCCCUUUUACAUUUCAACAAUGAUGCUGAUGAGGAGGACUUCGGUGAUGAGGAUGAUGAAGAGGACAUUGGCACAGACAACUCUGAAGAAGAUGAAGAUGAGGACCAAGAGAACUGAAUGUGUGCAGGCUGUUUAAGAUAUUUCUAUUCAUUGAAACAAAUUUUUACAGCGUAUUAACAAAAUUCAUAUCAGCACAUGAUUUAUAAGCAUUGAAGUGAUUACCAUUUCAUAGGUCAAGUCUAGUUUUUAUA